UCCAGAGCCCUGAAGACAAGGAGUAACAUCCCAAAAUAUGGACUCAUUUUCCACUCCACCUUCAUUGGCCGAGCAGCUGCCAAGAACAAAGGCCACAUCUCCCGAUACCUGGCAAACAAAUGCAGUAUUGCCUCGCGAAUUGAUUGCUUCUCUGAGGUACCCACAAAUGUAUUUGGGGAGAAGCUUCGAGAACAAGUGGAAUAGCGGCUAUCCUUCUAUGAGACUGGCGUGAUUCCACGAAAGAAUCUGGAGUUCAUGAAGGAGGCAAUGGUACAGGCAGAGGAAGUGGCUGCUGAGAUUACUAGGAAGCUGGAGAAACAGAAGAAACGCUUGAAGAAGGAAAAGAAACGGCUGGCUGCAAUUGCCCUUGCAUCUCCAGAAAACAGAAGCAGUACACAAGAAGAGUGUGAGGAAAUAAAUGAAAAACCUAAAAAGAAGAAAAAGCAAAAGCUCCAGGAGAAUGGAACAGAAGACCCACCUGUUUCUUCACCCAAACCCAGGAAAAGGAAAUCUUUGCCCACAGAGGAGAUAGUUAAUAAUGAUCUUGAGACAGCUACCAAUGGAAAUCUUCCCAAGAGGAAGAAAUCUUUAACCAAACCAGAACCCGAAGAGGCAGCAAACAGGAGUGUUCUCAAGAAAAAGAGGAAACUCUCUUUGAAGGAGGAACCUCUCAGCAGUGGACAUGAAGAGGCUGUUAGCAACAAGAGCUCAAAGAAAAAGAAAAAGCUAAAGCUGGCCCAGGAGGAUUAGAAUGGACAGUACUCUGGUGGGGUAUAACCACCAAGUUACCCACCCCCUAAGUCCCAAUAAAAGAAAAAUCACAAAGAAAAAAAAAAAA